GUUUUAUUUGUGUGCGUGAGCAGCUUCAAAACUCCGGAAAAUCUUCACAAAUUCGUGAAUUUUGGUGUGAAAAACCGUGAAAAGUGCUACAAUGGCUGAUGUUUUGGACAUUGACAAUGCUGAAGAUUUCGAAGAUGAUGAUGGAGACCAGGGGAUUGUACGGCUAAAGGAGAAGGCACGAAAGCGAAAAGGACGUGGUUUUGGCAAUGAGAGCUCCUCACGUCAACCCAUACAUGACUACGAGAGUGUCCGGAUAGAGGAUGACGAUGAAUUGGAUCCCGGACCACAGAGAUCCGUCGAGGGUUGGAUUUUGUUUGUAACAUCAAUUCACGAGGAAGCACAGGAGGAUGACAUUCAGGAUAAGUUCAUUGAGUACGGGGACAUCAAGAAUAUUCAUUUGAAUCUCGAUCGACGCACGGGCUUCCUCAAGGGGUACGCUCUUGUGGAAUAUGAGACCUUCAAGCAGGCUCUAGCGGCGAAGGAGGCCCUCAAUGGGUCCGAUAUCCUCGGGCAGACCAUUGCAGUUGAUUGGUGUUUCGUCAAGGGUCCCAAGAGGACGAAGAAAUUGGAGCGAAAACGCAGAUAAUUCAUUCCGGGAAGGUGUUGCGGUGGCCCAACGUCCGGAAGGGGAGCUGAGAGUGAAUAAAUUGAUGACAAAAAAAAAAACCCGAAAUUCUGCAUAGUUUUUCAUUUUAUUUCCCAUCCACAAAAGCCAUCUCAUCUGCUUCCCUGCUUCCAAAAAACUAUGCACAUUUUUUAUGAAUCAAAUCAUAAAAAUUCAUUUUCUUCAUAAAAUUAAUCAUUUUUUUGCGCCAGAAGUGUGCCAAAUUACAGCCUGAUUGAAAUUUUUAUUAAUUUCUUUUUCAAAAUUAUAAAUUUAAAAAAAAAUAAGAAAACUAAAUGGAUUUUGAUUCAUAAAAAAUUAUUGGAUUUUCUUACGGAAAAAUUAGACUAUUUUCUCUUUGUUAAUAUACCUCCUUCAACGUUUUUCUUCUCUUUUUUUUUUAAAUAAUAAUUUGACUAUUUUCAUCUUCUCUCAAUGUUUUUUUUUCUUGCAUUUUCUGUGUAUAAAUAAAGAUACUUUUUGGUAAAA